UGUGAAAAGUGCCCUGAAAUAACUUCUGUUGUGAUUCGGUGCUGUAUAUAUAAAAUUAUCUUGACUUGACAAAUACUACAUAUAAAGAUUUUGCACAUAAAGAUGAAUAUAAGUUUUGGUUUACAGCCUGUAAUUGAAUAAAAACUGGAGCUAAAUCAGGGAGUACAGUACAGGUACAAAACUGUGCUGUAAGUACAUACUGCACAUAGAAAGUUAGUUAAAAUCCUCCUCUGACUCUGCAGUGUCUGGGGCUGCAGCAAGAGACACGAAGAGUCUGAUAGAAGUGGCAGGGAGGAGGAGGAGGAGGAGGAGAAGACAGGAGGCUGGUGGCUCAUUUAAUAUAUCUAUUAAAAGCUGCUGCUGACGUCAGAGGUGUCCGCCAUCUUUGAGAGCUGCACUGCUUCCCCCCCAACCCCCACCCCCUCCCAUUCAAGAAGAAGUGAAGAGGACUCAGCCGACGCGCAGUGCCUUUGCAGCAUCCCAGUUAUAUACAGAGACAGGCUGGUAUCGGUUAGCUCGUGAAAUACACAGAUAUUUCCUCCCUUACUGACUGCGGGGCACCGACAACAGGCUCAGUCCUCCUCGGAUUACUACUAGGAUCUUUUCUUCCCUGUUGGAGACCAUCUCCACCCCCCACAUCCAGCAGCCAUGGCAGAUGACGCAGACAUGCGCAAUGAGCUUUCAGACAUGCAGCAACGCGCUGACCAGCUGGCCGAUGAGUCACUGGAGAGCACCCGUCGUAUGCUGCAGCUGGUAGAAGAGAGCAAAGAUGCCGGCAUCAGGACUUUGGUUAUGUUGGACGAGCAGGGAGAGCAACUGGAGCGCAUCGAGGAGGGAAUGGACCAAAUCAAUAAGGACAUGAAGGAUGCAGAAAAGAAUUUGAACGAUCUAGGGAAAUUCUGUGGUCUUUGCUCCUGUCCAUGUAACAAGAUGAAGAGCGGUGCCAGCAAGGCCUGGGGGAACAAUCAGGAUGGGGUGGUGGCCAGCCAGCCCGCCCGCGUGGUGGACGAGCGUGAACAGAUGGCCAUCAGUGGAGGCUUCAUCCGCAGGGUAACAGACGAUGCCCGGGAAAAUGAGAUGGACGAGAACCUGGAGCAGGUGGGUGGCAUCAUCGGUAACCUGCGCCACAUGGCCCUGGACAUGGGCAACGAGAUCGAUACCCAGAAUCGCCAGAUCGACAGGAUCAUGGAGAAGGCUGAUUCCAACAAGACCAGGAUUGACGAGGCCAACCAGCGCGCCACAAAGAUGCUGGGCAGUGGCUAAACGCCCUAAUCCCAGAUCUCGAUCGUCCCGGUGUCCUGCGCCGCACAUCGACAGGCGCUGACAUGCUUUCAUCAUGGUAUUGACCUUCUAGGUUUGCACACAUGCACAUAUCACCUCCCCUCCCCAUUGUAAAUGUUGUUCUGUGUGUCGUCUGUCAAGCUUUUUCAAGAUGAUUGUCCUCGUAAAAAGAUGAUUUCUUAUACUCCGUAUAUCAUUCUUUCCAAAGGUUGUAUAUAGUGCUGACUUGAUGGCUCUCUAGCUCACAUGUGAAGUUUUUAUUCUCUUUAUCAAAAUAUAUAUAUAUCAUAUAUUAUUAAAUAUCAUAUAUAAUAUAUAUAUAUAUACACAAGUACACUGCUCUGGAUGACAAGUAUAUAAUAGGAAUGCUAUACAAGCUGUUUGUUUUGAUUCUUUUUCCUUUUCAGUAUCUCAGUAUCGUCUUAGUAAAACUGUGUCAUUCCAUUUAGGCUACUGUCAUGCUCCUUAUUUUGGUGUUGUCACGACAAAAGGGAGAAGACUGACGGAAAAACAUGAGUAAAGAUUUACUAAGUGACAGUAUAAAUGAAUGGGAUCGCAAAGAGCACUUACAAUCAAAAGGCAGUCGUUGGUACAUUUUCCUUCAUCGCAAUCAUACUGAGUUACUGUUUAGACAAUGUGCAACUAGACUCUCUGUAGCUGUAUUAGACAUUGCAUUCCAAGUGAUGUGAAUUGUGCGUUCUCUGCAUGACAAAUGGUAGAUUUUAGUCUUAUAAAUAAAACCUGUCUGAAAAAUAUAUAUAAAAAAUGAUAUCAUGGCAGUAGCAAAUUGACAAAACGCAUGCUCAGUAUUAGGACACAGUUGAUCGUUCCAUACUCCUGCAAGUUUGCAAUAGUGCCACUCUUUCUGUCUUGAUAUAUUUACCAACUGUGACCAUCUCGUUGUAAAAUAAUGCAAAAGGGAUCAAAAAAGUGAGAUUACGACGAAAAAAACAUGAGGACUUUGGGGUUGUAUUGCAAAAAAAAAUGACCUGUUUUCUAAAUGAUUAUGCAGUUCAGUGAUGAAGAUGUUGAUUAUGUGCUGAAAGAUGAGGACUGGUUGUGUACUGUAAUAUAGGUUUUGGAUGCUCUGAAAAAAAAAAUAAACGUUUGCAAUGUAAAGCAAAGACGCAUAUUUCUGAGAGACCUUACUUUUAUAAGAAGACUGUAUCUGUAAGUUUAUUCUCCCCGUGUGGUUUGUUAUUGGUAAAAUAAUGAUAAUAUUGAAUAACAAUAACUAUACUCUGAAACAAAAAAAAAAUACAUACAAAAGGGUUUUUUGUUGCUUCUGUACUUUAGAGCUAUGCACACCAAAUCGCCAAAAUGUCGAGUAGUUAGAGUAAGGUGAUUAAAUACCUAAACCUGAAUGACACAAUAGGUUAAACUGUGAGAUUGAUGUCCUCAACGCAUGUAAUAUUAAAGACUCCCUCUCUGUAUCCUGUCAGUGUGUGAAGUGGUGGACAUUUUGUAGCUAGCUGAAUUGAUUAAAAGUAAUAAACCCUA